AACAUGGACUCUCAAUCUGUGAGAAACUUUGGUGGUCUUAAAGGACACCUCACCCACAAUAAGCUCGAGGAACUCCGGGCCUUUUGGUUUGAGCAUCUUACGAGUGAGGCCGAUCGGGUUUUUCCUCGAGCCGAGAAUCAGCGCCGAUGGUACUUUGGCGGCAAGGAAUUUGACGAUAUCUGCGUCCCCAUCCUUGAAGCCAUCAGGGCCGCGGAAAUCACGUCAGUGGAGGACACUCUGGCCGUUGCCCAGCCACGCGACCCUCUGGACUGGCUGAGUUUGGUCAUCUUGCUAGAUCAGGUUCCCCGAAACAGCUACCGUGGCGCUGAUGCGGCCAUCUGCUUCACCUUCUUCGAUCCCCUCGCGGUGCAGCUCACGCUGAAGGCUCUCGAAGAAGGCCUACCUUACAAGGCUCCCGAACUGCGGUGGCAAUUUUCCCACCGAAACUGGCUCUACAUGCCCCUCAUGCACUCAGAAGACGUAUCGGCCCAUGAAAAGGCCGUGCUGGGGUUUGAACGCAUGCAGCAGGAUAUCUUGAGCCUUCUGGAGGGUACUGGCGGGGCAGAUGAAUAUGAGAAGAGAGCUAGAGAGGUUGCUCAGGCGGACCCCGAGACUGCCAAGGCAUUUGGCAAGAUCAAUGUCGACUUUGAAAAGAAGCACCAAGUGAUUAUCGAGAGGUUUGGACGGUAUCCUCACCGGAAC